AUGGCCAUCCACCGCGGCAUUCAGUCCGCCAUAUUCUACUAUCUGUCGUGUGCCCCCUGUACGGGCUACUCGUAUCGCAAAAAGAGAAGAAAGGAAGCCGAUCGUGACCGCGUCGCCAAACUCGCUCUCGAAAUGGAACAACCAGGUCUCUAUCGUCAUCCCAGCCCCUUCGCGACCAACGUUCACUGGCAGACCGAGAUCGACCUUGGCCCCACACCCGCGCCGCCUGGAAAGCGUCGAGGUCAGAAGAAGGCUCGCGUACGGACAAGCGACGAGAACGCCAGCAACGUCGCAAGCAGUGUCAAUCUUGGCCUGACGCAGAACGAGAGCAACGACAGUACAUGGAACUUGCGCAAUUGGCAAAGAGACGAUGACGAUGAUGACAACUAUUGGGGUCCCAAUUACCCGUAUAGAGGCAGCCGUCGCCCUUCGACAAAUGCUGCCAGUACCGUCAGCCGCCCGCUUACCGCCCGUACGGCUACUACGGAUCGAUCAGCUGCGACCAGUUAUUAUUCCGUGUCGAACCCUCCCAUCAACGACCUCCAUCCCCCGAUCGUCACUCGUAUGGAUACCAGCGCCGAUGUCAUGUGGAUGCUGCAACCUCCACCUCCUGCUCGUACCGCUCGAGCUGGCUCAAGGACUACACUGGCGAGGAGCGAUAGUACCGCUAGCAGACCCAGCACAAGGCGGGCCACAAACGAGAACCUCUCGCGACAAGUCAGCCAACGCAUUGUCGACGAAAAGAUAAAGAACGGUCAAUCUCCCUCAAUGGAUAGCCUUCAUCCAUCUUCAUCGACAGACGAAUUGAAGCCGUCGCGACGACGCAGGCCGCCGCCGCCUAUCAACCUAUCAGAAGAUUCGACAAAGCCCCGCGGACCUCCCAUAACAGACCUACGACCAAACAACUCUUCGAAUAAAUAUCUCAUACUUCCGCAACCCCUCUCCCCCGUCAUGUCAGCCAAGUCUUCCGAGCGUUCUCGCAGUCACAACCGCCAGCGCAAUUCCUCGGCUGAGGAUCGCAAACCUCGCCCGGAUGGUGUGAAGCGUGAGGAUAGUUCCCUCAACGUCUUGCAAGAACUUGUGCCGACCAAUGCACUGCUCAAUUCUCAGAAGCGCAACGACGUUCCUACAUUCGAAGCCCGCAUCGAGCUCCCCACAGCUGAUCAGUACGAAGAGAUGAUGCUGCUAGGUAGCGGCAAAGCAGGCUUCGACUCAUGGUACGAGGGCAGGGACUUUGAUACGUUCCCACAAUGGGCUGCCGACAGAGUGCGCCGAGACGUCAAAACGCGCUGGAGCAUGGAGUUUUAG